AUGAACGAUCAAGUCUCCGGCGAUGCCCCAGCCGGCGACGCCCAAGACAACGACUACGUCUCCCGCCAGGGACAGAAGGGCGGUCCUAUCCCCGUGCAGAGCGACGGAGCCAGUGUUGAGGAUCCGAUUGAUCCUAACACUGCUGAUAGUGAUGAGCAGCUGGCGAGAGAUGAUAAUGAGGCUAUUGAUCAGAGUAAUAUUGUGGAUGGGAGGACUCGUGGUGCUAAGCCCAGUGGAGGGUAUCGUGAGCCGGGUGAUGAGGAGGGUCUUCCUGGACCAGAGGAUGGCACUAGCUCUGGUGCCCAGUAA